CUGCGCGCCAUUCUUUAACUUGUUCACCAAGCUUCUGUCAUCGUUCUUUAGUAUCAUCUGAUGAAUUCUAGUGUUCGUUUGUGUAGUGGUAACAUGUUACUUUUGUACACUGUGAAUUCCUAAAAGACACUUGUCUAGAUUUACGAAGAUUAAACUUACAUUGUUUUGGAUACCCCACGGGAUUUGGAGAGUAUAAAAAUUUCUGGGGUUGAGUUCGGCAGAAGUUUCGUGGGUGGUGUAGUAACGCCUGUGGUUAUUACAGAACACUGAUUCGUAUUCCGGUGUGCGUGUUUGUAUUUGUAGGAUACAAGUUCGUUGGUGUCACGAGAUUUCGUAGUAAUUCGAUCAAGAGCUUUCCCGUUAUGAAGCCCGGAGGUUUAUCACCAUAAUAAAACAAUUUCAAGCCCACUGUCGAAUCCUGGACCUCGCCUGAAACAAGUCACGUCUUCAUAUUUUGGUUGUCGAAGACUCAUUUUAAUAAUAUCCUUUCUGAGUAUUUUCAGGUGUUUGGAAAGCAGGCUGUAAGAUAAAGCAAUACAUACUACAGAAAUGUUGGACUGUUCAGAGCCAGAUAUAAUGGGUAUUUUGAAGGAGAUGGCAUAUGAAAUGCAGAAUCAAUCAGCACAUAAUUUAUCUGAUGACACAGACGUACAAGAUUUUAUGGCACUGUUGUGUCAGAAUAUUGAUUCUAGGAAUAUUCUGACACCUGCAGAACUGUCAGAGUAUGAAAAUAUGGUAGAGGCUGGUGAGGUUCUCCAUGGAAAAGAAUUUGAAGAUGCAUUCAGUGAGUUAUUCCCUGAUGGUCUUCAACAAAUUGAAGAGGAAGAUAAUUGCUUCAUCACUGAAGAAAUAGAGAUGGCUGACUUUCAUAACAGUACAGUUACCCAGCUUCAGAGGACACUGAUUGAUGAAAUCCAGCAUGUGAGUUCUGGUUUGCACCAGCUAGAAGAGCAGGAGCAAGGAGCGUAUUACAGUCUGCUAGCAGAGGGACAGCAUUGCGUUAAACUUCACACAAGAGUUUACUCUGCUCAAGAAGAGUUGCUUAAACAGCUACAGUGUCUUGCAGAGUUGUUGGCUGAAUUUAAAAAUGUGAAAUCUGUGCCUAAGCUGAUAAGCCAGCUGCCUUUAGAAACUUACAGAAAACGAUGUCAAUUCGAUCGUUAUGUGAAGGUGAUGAUGAAGCAGUUCUUGGAGUGGGAUGAAUCUUCAGUUGGAGAGGAUGAAGAUGACCACUUGGAGGAUCUGGAACAGAGCUUUAUUGAAAUGAAGAUGGAAUAUGUAUAUAUGUUGGCAUGUCAUCAAGGAAAAGAGGCAGUCAUUGGAAAAUUGAAGGAUAUUAUGAAUGAUAUACAGGCAUCAAAAUUUACUGUUUCAUUCAGUGAGAUAAGCAGUCAGUCUCUGUUGCUUGAUGAGGAGGUCAAUGAAGGAAAGAGACAAGUCUCACAUAUGCUUGAAAAUGAAGUGUUGCCAACAGUAGAACAGGCUGUUAAAAUGGAUGUCUUGCAAAUAAUGAAGUAUAAGAAUGAACACAAAAUUUUCAAACUGAAGAGAAUUUUCAAGCAAAAUGAUUCUUUGGCUAGAUGCCUGGAACGUGGACUUACAAACAGUGAACUGCUUCUCUUAUUGUUGGUUUGUGAGAGGCAGAAGUUAACAGACAUGGCAGAUCUGUAUGAACAGUGUCACCAAGAAAUAACUGAAGAGUACACAGACUUUACAUCACGCAUGAAAGUAAUGCAGGAAUUGAGAGAAAACAAUUGCAGUUCUUCAUUAGUAAUGGAAAACCCGCUUGUUCAGUGUUUGGUGCGGCUGCUUUGUGAUGAACACUCUGUGAAUUCUGCUACAGUUAUCCAUGAUUUGAUGAUAAAUGUUAAGAAUUUGAAUAAAGACAUAAGAAACCAAGAGGAAAAGUUAUUUGAUUCUUUGUUUAACAAGCAAAAGAGUGUUCUUCUUCAAAAUGAAAAUGCUAUUAAAACUGCAGAGAAAUAUCUUUAUGCUGGACUUGCAAAAAAACCAGUGCUUCUAAGAAUGGAAAUUUCUGCUAGUUGUAAUGACAUUGAACGGCUACUGGAAUCAUUUCAAGACGUGCUGAAACAAAUUAAAGAUGAUUAUAAGAGAAAACAGGUAGCCUUUUCAGAGAAGCCAUUCCUUCAAGAACAGCGAUUGCUUUGGAUUCACUUCCUAAUGUAUCCCAAGAAACUUGUUGCUUUGGUUAGACAACUUCAGGAAUUAACGGAAACCAAAAUUAAUCAUAACAAGUUGAAGUAUCACAUGAAGAAGAGAAGAGAGACUCGUUUCUUUCCACAAGGAAUGCAAAAAUAAGUUGUACUCCACGACUGCAGUCUGUUCCAAAUGGAAACCAGCCGUCUUCUCCAUUAACUAAAUAGAAACGAUGGUUCACUUCAUCAUCUUGGCAGGCUACACGACACGGGCGGUCAGGAUCCUCUACAUUUAGAAAUGUAUAUCAUUACUUCCUUAUUCUGAUUAUACUAUAAUGUUCUUAUCAUCUGCCUCACUUAAAUAUUGUGUAUGAUAAAGAGAUACAGUUUAUUACUGA